AUGUUUAACUUACAAACAGGACCGAAAGAAGUAUUUCCAUACAACUACUACAGCAGUACUUUGUUAGCAAAUGACAACAGAACUGGUGUCAUUUCUGAAGCAUGUAAGUUUAUCCAGGAUGCAGAUACAUUUAUGAAAAACAUAGAUUCCAUCAAAGGUUGCAGAAUAGAUGAAAACCACUUCGACUUAGAAAAAUAUAGCACAUUUUAUUGCAAACAAGAUGUAAGAAUUUUAAGAGAAGGUUUUGUUAAGUUCCGCAAUGACAUAUUGAAAGAAUUUGAUUUAAACGUUUAUGACUACGUUAGUAUUUGUUCAAUUGCUAACAAAUUAUUUGAGAACAGAGUAUACUUCCCGAAUGGAAAUCUUUAUGACCUCUCAAAUAAACCAAGAGAAUUUAUUUCGAGAUGCAUUCAAGGUGGAAGAUGUAUGCUGUCAGAUAACAUGAAACAAAAGAGCGAAAAGAAACUCAUUGCUGACUUCGACGCUGUUUCAUUAUAUCCAUCCGCUAUAGCAAGACUUUAUACUUUAGAAGGAAUUCCAAAAGUAUUGAAGGAUGAGAUGUUAAGCACAGAGUAUCUCAUGAGACAUUUAUUCGAUGACGACCAAAAGGAACCCAUUGGUGAAAAGUUUAUGUCUGGCUUCUUUGUUCUCAUUAAGAUAACAGAGAUUGGAAUACAUAGACACUUUCCUUUAAUAGUUUGUGACCCUGAACUAAAUCCAGAACUUAACGUUCCCAGAAGUUCAAACACUUGCUGUUUAAUGUAUGUUGACCAUAUAACAUUACAAGACCUCAUAAAAUAUCAAGGUGUCAAAUGUGAAGUGUUGCAAGGAUACUAUUACGAUGGAAACAGAGAUAUUAGAAUAAGAGAUGAAGUAAAGAAGUUGUUUGAGUUAAGGUUAAAGUAUAAGAAAGAAGGAAAUCCUUUGCAAGAAAAUAUAAAGCUCAUUCUGAACAGUAUUUAUGGCAAAACUAUUCUAUCUCCUAUUGAGUCAAAAAUAACCAUAGUAAAUGACAAAGAUGCUAUAAGAUAUGCCAUCAGAAACUACAACCAUAUA